UUUGGUCUUAGUCUUUCUAACUAAAGAAUAUCGUGAAUAAUUCACAUGGUAAGCAUGAAUUGUCGUUGGCUAUGAGCGAGUGAGAAAAAAUGUUGCAACUCCCGCAGCGAGGAAGUGCCGAUUCCAACGAAAUAGAAUAUACAUAGUGCAGUCUUUCCGCAGUUCGUGUGGUAGUCAUGCAUCGACUAGUGCCUUUCUUUCCCUUCUCUUACAUUUUUCUUUCGUUUGCUCUUGCAAACAACGGUGAGUGUUAUCAUUUCUUUUGACUUAUUAAAUGUCUACAUCGUUUUUCGUUAUAAUAAAUAUUGCUAUUUUAAAUAAAAAAUAUAAGCAUUUAUAUUUUCUUAAUCUGUUAAAUUGAAGAAGAUUUUCGUUCGGUGAAUGUGAUAUAAGUGGAUAAAAUUUAUUUUGAUUAAAAAAAAAAUGGUUAUACUUUGGUAAUAAAUCGUAAUGCGAAGAAUUAGGACAUAACAUUUUUUCUUUUAUGUGUGAAGUGAAAUCUUUGAGACGAGAUAACUCAUUCUUUCCGCUUAACAGAUUAAUGAAGUUUCGUUAUCUUAAAAAUCAUACUAUUUUUGUUACGUUCUGUUUGUUUUUCAUUAUCUCUUUGAUUCGUUUCCUUGUUGUCUUACUUACAGUGCAAAGGCCGCUGUUAUCACACGACCAAUGUCUAGAAUUAAAUAUUGCGAAUUUAGAAGAAUACAUUUCUACAUUGAAUUUAGCGAACGUACCUACAAUCGAUUCGAUGAUCAUUGGUUUCGAAUGCCCAGUUACGGCUUUACCCUUUGGUAUUUUGAGAUCUGACUGGGCAAGAUUGUUGUUAUUACGUAAUGCACAAGAGAAAGGUUCGAUUUUCGCUGAGAAAUUGGAAUGUCUGUUUAAACUUUUAAUUAUAGCUUAUCAAAGAUUGGAACAAAGUUUGAUACCAAAGAAAUCCUUCGAUAGAACAAGCAAUAGCAUUGGGAAUAAUACUAUGAAAACGAAAUUUACGAGUACGAAUUUUAGUUCCGAGAUAGUACCUUCUGGGAAUACGAAUAUCAACGUUAUUGAUGAUCAUCGUGAAAAUAUAAAUGGGAAUAAGACGAAUGAAAACGGAGAGAAGAAAGAUAAUGCUGAAUGCCUUAGUGUGGAGUUUAAUAAAAAAACACAAGGAAAUAAUGUGAAGAACGAUACUAUGGAAAAUCAUGAUAGUGAAAACGUUGCAUCAUAUACGAAUUUACAAAGAUUUACGAAAGCCGAUUGUUUCGAAAAUACGGUUAAAUAUUCCUUUUCUCAACAAGUAAAUAAAUUAUUAACAAAUGCAGAUGUUAUGAUGGAAAUAGCAAACGAAGCAACGUAUAGUAGUCAAAACAAAGAGAUAACGAAAGUUAGCAUUUAUAAUGAGUUGGAUAAUAAGAAGGGUGUAACGUUACCAUUAACAAUCUCUACAAUGAUAAGUUCAGAAAAUGGAAAUGUGGAAGUUCCCAUGUCAACAGAGAAAAUUGCGAGUUUGGCUAGUUCAACGAGUACAGUAAAAUCCAACUAUGCGAGAAUGUCCAUCGAGGAAUUUAAUUCGAUCAGUUCGUUGUCGACCAUUCGACCAGAAAUUUUCGAAGAAAUGACAUUGCAAAAAACACAAACGAAAACUAAGAACGAUGGUCUAAAUGUUUAUAACUUAACGAAUAUUUACGAGACAUAUAAGGGCGACGGAAGUUCCGAUUCUUCGACAGCUACCAAUUUUUAUUCCGAAAUAAUCUCGCCUACGGAUUUCGAGAAAUUUAACACGAUGAAUACUGUUACGAAAUCUGCCGAUAUCAAAGAUUCUUAUGCUAAAAAUAGCGUAAACGAUGCAACGAAUCGUCAAGAUUUCCAGGAGAUUAUUUCGAACGAGUUGUCCAUUUCGAAGAAUGAUAAUCCGACAUAUGAUAAUCCAUCGAAUGUGGGAACAAAUUCAAUGGAUUACUUUGAUCCUUUAUGGAACAGUAUUUACGAUGUUUUCACUCGCAAGCCAGACGAGUUUUACUCUUCUAUCGACAGAUUUCAUCAUAAGGUCGGAGAUAAACUGAAAAGGCUUCCGGUUCACAGAAAACAACCUCCAGGACAUGUUACGAAGGAUCAUAAAGCGAACAUAGAGGUUUCUUCGCUUCUCUCGAAGACUAUUACUUUCAUGACAGACUCGAUAACGGAAACAAAUAAAUUUAAAGAUCUCUUGGAUUCUCAAAAAUGUGACCAUACGAAUACCAAUGUCGAGAAUAAUUUUAGAUUUUUUUACCAUUAUGGAGAAAGACCGGAGCAAAAAACUAGGAGAAACGACAGGGAAAUAUUGGAUUUUAUUCGUAUUAAAUGUAAAAAUGAUUGUACGUAAGAUGAUAUAGAAAAAUAUUAUUCUUUUUCCGUGUAAAAUGUUAUAUAAUAUGCGUACACACACACACACACACACAGCUAUAUUAUAAUAAUGACUGAUUACAUCUAUUUGUAAUUCGAAAA